CCUAUUCGAGAGUUGGGCGGAGAAGGAUCAGACUGGGAAGACUGUGUGGGAAACUAUGUGGGAAUAUUUAUAGACUUAAUAUUUCUGCUCUUAUUUAACGAAUUUCGUGCUGCAGAGAUACGCGCGCCAGAAGGAAGGCUAAGAUGCUUGAAACCAGCCUGCCAAAAUGCUUGCAGCUGUGCAUCACCCUGGUUAUUGUAUCCAAAAUACAUGGCAGGGUGCAGGCCCCGGGGCGUGUGGAGGCUGUCGUGGACCUACCCUUUACCCUCACCUGCAUGCUGCAGAAGGCCAAAGGGGAAUCGGUCAAGCAGGUACGUUGGCUGGACAUGAAGAAUGAGACACUCAUCUCCUACGUGCCAGGCCAGCAGGCCAGUGUGAGCGGACAGCAGCACGUUGAGUUGGGGAGUGCUGCGCGUGACGCCAGCAAUGUGCUCAUCAAGCGCGUGAGCCACAGGGAUGAAGGAUGCUAUACUUGCAUCUUCGACGUGUACCCAUCUGGCUCCAAGGAGGGAAAGACUUGCCUGAUAGUCACGGCAUCAGUGACUCAUGAUGGUAAUAAGACCAUCGUGAGUGGUAAGGAGGCAUCCCUGUCCUGUCGCUAUGGCCUGCCCGAGAAGGUGCUCCAGAUUUUGUGGAAGAGGACCAGACAGCCUGGUAUUUCUCAGGAUGUGGCGUCUUACGCCAAACGCGGUGACCCCAUGAUCGAGGAAAGCUUCGCGGACCAUGCCCGCCUCACCCGCUCACUGUCAGACUCGCAACUCACUCUGUGGUCUGUGAGGACCGAGGAUGAGGCUUGCUACACCUGUGAGUUCCACACCUACCCUGAUGGCACCAAGAGCGCCACCACCUGCCUCACCGUGUUCGUCCUCCCCAAACCUCAGGUGAGUUACAAAACCACAUCUCCAGGUGUGGUUGAGGCCAACUGCACGGCCAUGGCCCGCCCAAAGGCCGAGAUUGUCUGGAACGUGGAGGGGGACAACAGGACUUUGGGGCCACCCACUACGGUGGCCACAGUGCAGGAUGACGGGACGACGCUGGUCAUUAGCACCCUGAAAAUGUACAUCUCACUCCUCAAGGACGUGUCUGUCAAAUGCCUCGUCCACCACAAGGGGCUGGAGUCUGCCAUCGCUGUGUCCAUGAACACCAAGAUUGGAACAGCUCUGGCCAUCCUGAUUUCAGUAACUGCAGUUGCUUUCCUUUUGGUCCUCUGUAUGUGUGUCUGCCUGUGGAAGUGUAUUUUGCGUAAAAAUGAAUGAAAUGUGGUGAUCACAACGGCCUUCAGAAGGAGGAUGGCAGUGAACUUCAACUCUAAAUCAGAGUUUGGACGGCUGUGCCUGAUGUAAGGAUAUAGAGAGCAUGAAGGCACCCACUCCCUGCAUCCAUAACUGCUUUGCCCAACAGAGACCUGACAUUAGCAAUGACCUGCUUCCGUACAGUUAUGGUUCUUAGCCUACAACCUCAGCAUACAACUAGAGAGGAGAGAACUACAAGAUCCAGCACUGUGCACUAUAUAAGUGCAUAGCAUAGGCAUCAAUUACACUGGGGAUGCUGAGAUGUCCCCACUACUUUCUGAAAUGGUCGAUUUUGUCCCCAACACCUUUUGAAAAUAUUAGUAUUUCUUCUGCAAGGUACAUUAGUGUAAUUUAUAAAAUAAUAGAGUAAUAAUAUGCUUGUUUAAGUCAAUAAAAUGAAAUGUAUUAGGUUCCCAAUGACAGAAACAGAAAGCAUUCACGCUUAUAUUAUAAUUAUAUAUAUAAUUAAGGUCAUAAGAUAGCUCGCAACACUUUCUCUACCUGAUGGUAAACAUAACUGAUGCAAGGGCAUAAGUAUGCAGUCAUGAUUGUGCCCCAGAGGAAGCUACUCUGUUAAGCUUUAAAAUGCUUGAACCUUCACUGGGGUUGAUGCUGCUGUCUAAAGUUUAGAUGGAACACCAUGGACUUAAUGCCCCUCUGACACUCAUAAUGUGAUCGAACAGGCAUUGCCACUGUUUCAUUAGAUCUGGAGUCCUGAACAUUUCCAUCAUUUCCUGCUGCUCAAAGAGUCAUGUUUGUCACUGAGAGAGGACUUCAUGGUGCAUUUCUGAAGUUUUUGAAAUGCUGAUCUGAGGUGUGAGCUCAUUCCCUUGUGUCAAUUUUCUGGAGGUUUGCGGGUACUUGCAGAUGGCUUGCGUCUGUGAGCGGUCACCCUGUCGGCAGUGUGCAGUAGACAACAUCAGUUACUGAAGCGGUGGGAGUCACGAGACAAUGGUAAUGGCACCGAGCAUUACAGCACAGAACAGCCAUUGUGUGUGUGUGUGUGUGUGUGUGUGUGUGUGUCUAUGUGUGUCUAUGCAGUAUCUGUAAAAUGCUGAAAUGUAUUGCAUUUAUAUUGUAGCACAUGAUGCAUUAUAUUGUUUAGGUUAGUACAAUAAUGUGCGGAUGCAUUGGGACAAAGUUAUUCUAAGUUACACUUUGGUUCUAGUUAUGAUUAUUCAUAUGAUACAUGUGUAUUUACUUUAUUUAUAAUAAAUGCAGAAUCAUAAAUAAGUAAGUACACA